CGCGCCGAGUGAGAUGCGCCGAGUGAGAUGCGCGGAGACUCAAAAUGGAGAAGAGAAGAGAAUCAGCGCUUUAGUGCCACACCCCGAAUAUUUACCUGGUCAGCUUUACUCCCAGAGCCCUGUUUCCAGCUUUUAACUGACUACAGUUUUGUCCCCUGUGUGGAAUUGAUUGAUUAAACCCCAGGUAGAGAGAUGAAGGUGAAGAUAAAGCAGUGGCACGGUGUGGCAUCAUGGCUCUGGGUGGCGAACGACGAGAACUGUGGCAUCUGCAGAGCUCCGUUUAACGGCUGCUGUCCGGACUGUAAAGUCCCCGGAGACGACUGCCCGCUGGUGUGGGGUCAGUGCUCACACUGCUUCCACAUGCACUGCAUCCUGAAGUGGCUGAACUCGCAGCAGGUGCAGCAGCAGUGCCCCAUGUGUCGGCAGGAGUGGAAGUUUAAAGAGGGAGAGACAACAUGAAGGAGGGAUAAACCAUUACCAUGUCAAAACCACUGCUUUGUUUAACUCUGACAUUAAAUCUAAUACUGCAA